GUUUUCUACUACUGCCAGCUAUAAAUGGCUUCAAUUUUGGAUUUUCUUCCAAAAGUUUAAGCAAAAUGCCCGACGAUCUGCAAAUAGAUCCCGAUGGUUAUUUUGAUAUAGUUGAAAAACCCGAGCAGUUUCUGCAAAUCGAUAAACAAAUUGCUCCUAAUACCAAAGGAAACGUGGCUGGCAAAUCACCUGCCCAUGUCCAGCAUUUGUUAGAGUUGGCGGCAGCAGAAGCCGACAAAGAGGCAUCGAUUUCCGCUAAAAAAGCACGCAAAAAAUCACAAAAUCAUAUGCCAGCCUUUAUGUUCAAUAGCGAUGUCUCGAAAAUACAAUCGAAUGCCAAGAAUAUUGAACAUGAUACACACCACAAUUUCUUUUAUGAGCGCAACAUCAUAGUGGAACCCAGCUUGCCGCCAGAGAAACUCUUAACCGAGAAAAAAGAUAAAGGCGAUGACUCGCAAGGCAUACCAAAAGAGAAACUAAGACAAAUGACAUUGAAAAGACGUUUGUUUAAGCAGCUCAAGGGUCGAAAGGUGCGUGGACCCAAAAGACACAAGAAACGCAGUAAUAAAGCUGCGAAAAAACACAAGAAACCAAAAUUUUUAAACAGGUCUGAACCCAUUGUUCCAGAUCCGCAACAAGAUUAA